AUGCCAUAUGGCCCCGAGGGCAAAUGGGCGAAUCCACCAUCCAGUCGUCCGAUUCUUAUAACCACUGUGUGGGAUGCAGUAGCCCUGCUUUGGACGUACAGUAUAAGUCGGCCUCCAAAAGUGAAAACAAUUACAAACUCGACCAGCCACGAUAAAUCUAACAUUUUCCACUCGGAAGAACAACAUAAAGAAUUACCUUUUCGGAGCAUCAAUUCGUGGCAUGCAGGGAGAGACGAAAGUAGAGAAAGGACAGAUAUUCGAAAUGAACAAGGGGGCAGCAGGGAGGAGAGUAAAAACGAUGAAAUCGAUGUUUUCCAAUGUCCAAACCGAGGUAAAAAUGAAGGGUUGCAAGAAUUCCUGGGGCCAUUGCUCAGAGUCGGUACCAUGGUGGGCUCUUCAUGGGAAGAAAACUACCCGAAAUCGCCGUGCUACUUUGUACUCCCGGACAGUAGACCUAAAUGGAUAUACAAUUGCUCCAUGCCUUCAGUGUCAAACCGUAAUAGAUUCGACUCAUCUGGCAAUAAUCCGUCCGUGGUAGUCGAAAUGAUCGCGAAUGAGUCAGACCGUUGCCGUAUUGCAACCUCUCUUGAUAUACAGAUACAAAACUGUGAUCUUCGAAAGGAUCAUAUCGCACAUUAUGUAAAGGAAAUUGCACUAUGCGGGUUUAACCAUAUAAUUGUUAUUGGGAUUAUUGGGACAUGUGACUGUGGUCUACUUUUUCUAGAUUGUGUGUUUAGAUGGGACUCUAUGAAUGGCCUAUUACUGUUUUUCGGGAAAAUUUUCAAAGCAGUAUCAGAGAAGUCUUGUGAAGAAGCAGUAUGGAUGGUAUCAGGAGACGGGAAUUUGAUGAUAUAUUGGAUCGAACUUUGGUCAUACGAAUGGGAAGAAGACAAAAAGCCAGAAACAAUGACCGCUUCAUGUGAAGAUCGAAAUAAUGCAAUAAAAGCAGUAGAAAAUCAAUUCCCUUUUCUGUGUUACCGAAAUUCCAGUAAUGGGUUUGACACUUUUGAUAGAACCCUGUCUACGAUUUGCCAAAUUUGCGAAAAAGAACAUACAAGAGAUGGUAUGUAUGGUCGAUGGCAUGGAUCAUGUUAUUUCCUUUACUGCUAUAGGCAAAAGAGGGGUGAGUCUGGUAUCGAAAUAACCAGAGCAGAUCAUAAUAAGAAAAAGGUCAUCCCACGCUUGGAGAAAUUAAGGUCUCGCCUUCAGCAUUCAUCACAAUCUCUUUCUCAGCGGUACCGCCAAAACAACUUUACUGCAGUCGGAAAAAACGUAGAAAUAUACAAUGCUGAAGUAAUGCGUAGUUAUAAUUUGCAAGCUAAACUUCUUAGUAGGAGACGGCACUUGAUGCUUGUUAAAGGACAUUGCAAAUCAAAUAGAACCGCCGAAGAAAUAAGAGAGCUUUAUCGUCCUGAUAGAUCUUCUGUCUCCACUCUUAUUAUUUCAGGCCGACGCUCUCUUGCACAUGGUCAAAAAACCCUUUUCGACGGAUUUAAGUCUUAUCUCGAUCUAGAUAUACGGAAACUCAACCCCAAGGAUACUCCACAACUUAUCAUCAGUCCCGAAAGCAUUCAUAAACUCGGAACGACCGGCUAUGAUGUGAUUAUACUAAUGAAUUUGAAACAAUUACCCAGAAUUUUAGCGGACCCACUAUGA